UCCCAAAGUAGCAUUUCCAAGGAGGGCACAUCCAAAGAUGGUGACGAGAACGAAGAAAAUAUUCGUGGGCGGGCUCUCAGCGCCAACCACGCUGGAGGACGUUAAAAGCUACUUCGAACAAUUUGGACCGAUUGAAGAUGCGAUGCUAAUGUUUGACAAACAAACCAACCGGCACAGAGGCUUCGGAUUUGUGACAUUUCAGAGUGAAGAUGUAGUUGACAAAGUUUGCGAAAUUCACUUUCAUGAAAUCAAUAACAAAAUGGUUGAAUGUAAAAAAGCACAGCCCAAAGAAGUGAUGCUUCCAGCGAAUCUGGCCAAAACGCGCACCGCCGGGCGUGGGACAUACGAUUUUAUGUGGUCGCUGGGGACAUUACCUGAUGGUUUCCCCGCUGCCGCAUACGCUGCGUACGCAGCCGGUCGUGGCUUUUCCGGCUACCCGAGCUUUGGACUACCGUACCCAACAGUUGACAUCACCAAUGGGCAAUUGACACCAAACAACAACACACCGUUGCUGACGCAGGCUCUUUCGGUGAUGAACAACUACCAGGCCGCUGCAGCGGCUGCCGCGCAAGGUUUUGGCCCGCCAGCAUCGCCACACACCACCACCACUCGGACCGCAGCCGGCUUCCCGAACGCCAACUCGCCCGGACCGACGAUCGACAUGUACAGCUCGAGCGCGGCAGACAGCGUCGGAUACGUUCAAGCCACCAGCCCGCAGCCAUCCGGAUUCCCAGCGAUCGCCGUCAGCCGUGCCCCGCUAAAUUACAGCCCGGGCCAACUAAUUCCAGCGGCAUUCACCAAUGGCUACCAUUGAAACAAACUAAGCAAUAUUUGAUCAGCAUCGCUAGUACUUUGGACUGGAGUUUGAUAACAACAAGCUUGUAAACCGUGAAUUU